CCUCAACAUAACCGACUAUGCCUCUCAGUGUUGAAAAGAAAGAUUUGUCGGGCUUGACAGUAUUGAUCACUGGCGCUAACGUUGGUAUCGGUUUGGAAACCGCGCGAAUGCUAUGUGAAAUGGGUGCUCAAGUCACCAUUGCUUGUCGAAAUGCCCAAAAAGCCCAGGCUGCUGCUGACGACAUUGAGAAGACAACAGGAAAUAGACCUGAGAUAGUAUCAGUUGAUUUAAGUAAACUUGAAUCUGCUGCGGCUCUUGCAAACGAAUACACAGCAAAGCACCAGCGUCUGGACAUUUUAAUCAACAAUGCAGGCGUAGCUACGACAGAAAAAGGACAAGACGGAUUGACGCAAGAUGGAUUUGAGAUAGACUUUCAAGUCAAUCAUCUUGCUCACUUUCUCUUGACCAUUCGCUUAUUACCACUGAUAAAACACGCUGCUCAAAAUAAGAUCAACGGUUUCACACCGCGUGUGGUUGUCAUCGGCUCUGAAGGAGCGAGAGUUGGAAAGGUCGACUAUGCAUAUCUUCAAGACUCAGAUAAAUUGCCUUUCUUUUUCAACCGAUAUGCAAACUCGAAGUUGAUGAAUGCCAUGUUCGCCAAAAAGCUUGCCGAGAAAGUCAAAGAAGAUGGCAUUGUCGCUCACGUUUUGCAUCCAGGAUUUGUAGCUUCAGACAUUUAUUCAAAACCAGAGUAUAAGACGCCAAAGUUUCUUCAAGCUAUCAUUGGGUUUGUGAUUAAGGCAACUGCCCGCAACAAUGUUCAGGGUGCAAUGACCAGCGUACAUGUAGCCAUCUCGGACGAAGCUGCAAAUACAACUGGCAAAUAUUGGGAUUCAUGCAAGAUCACUCAGUUCCCUAACAAACUGGUAGCGGACGAUGACUGCGUGAACGAACUUUGGAGUAAAUCUGAACAAUACUUGAAGGAAAAAGGCUUUGACGUAACAGAAUAGUAGCAAUGCCCAUCGCUAUGUAUGGUGUCGAAAUCAAUGGCAUCAUUUGGCAAAAGUUUGCUGCUUUUGUCGUAUCUACCUAAACUAAUUUCUGUGUUAGUAAUAUAUUAAUGAAUGAAAAGCAUGUAUGGUAUAAAGAUAUUCGAUUGAAUCUAUUAGUUGGAACGACUCAAUUUUGU